GCCCGGCUCAAGUCCACACUAUAUACAAGUCUCGUUCCUGAACAUAUUCUUUGUCCGUAUGUUUACCCAACGGUUCCCGUGUUCUGAACAUACGGGUUCCGUAUCGUGAAAGGACGGACCCCGUAUCUCGAACGUACGGAGUUCCUUAUCUCUUAUCGUCACGUGACUUGUCCCAUAGUUCUUCCGUCCCGAGAGGAGUCGCCCUGAGUUCGUGUUCCCGCAUAUAUGGUGUGGUAGCCGCCGUAGGUCCUGUGGGGCAGGCCCUGGCCUUGUCAUGCGUGUUGGGUCGUAACAUCAGCUCCUCCUCUCAAAGGUCUAGUCCUCUAGGCCUAUAAGUAGGUCCCUUGUUCCCAGGUUGGGGAAUCAUCAAGCUUGCCUUUCUAGCGCAAUGUGCUGACACGAUGUCAGGUCGUGUUGAAAAACGUUCUUUGAAAAACACUAUCUCGAAACUUCGGUCGGCUUGUGACGACGUGUUUGAUCGUUUUGGUUCUAGCGACGUUAUGCCCUGCACUCGGUGUUUUCGCGCCAAACGUCCAUGUCGGAUGGCUGAUGGCGCCAAAACGUGCCAAGGCUGCAAAAACCUGAAGCGUUCUUGCGAUGGUCUCGUUGUGGCAUCGAGUCUGCAACGGCUGAGUGACCAGCGUCAAGAAUGGGAAGAGAAGGAGGAGCAGGCUAGCGACGCCUUGCUCGAUCUUCAUGAAAAACUGGCUCGGAUACAGUCAGAGGUUGCUGAGGCAGCGGGCCGUCUUGCUCGUAUCCGGGCGAUCCGAAAGAAAGUGAAGGAGAGGCAUGUGGAAACUUUUGCUCGUGGUAUGCAGGAGUUGGAAGAAGAGGAUGGUGUUCUUCCUGCGCUGGAUGCUCACGAGCGGUGGGUCGUGAGCGAUCUCCAGGCUGCUGGCGUUUCUAAUGAUGCCGACUGGCCUUCUUUCGGGAUUGGCGACGAGUUCGCGUCCCUGGGGCCGUUGGUGUCGUCUUCUGGUAAUCCUCGAGAAGCUGUCGAGAGUUCUGGAGGUUCGUGACGGGUUCCCAUGUGUUUUCCUCGUGUCCGUAGUUUUUCCAUUUGAUUAAGAAUUCUUUUGUUUCGUUCCUG